AUGUUCCACACAUUCGAGGGUUUCGAGAACCCAACGGCAGCAACGCCUGCCCGCAAUCGGGCAUCCAGUGAACGGCGAGAUUCUGUCAGUCGCCGUGUGACAACCUUGCGCGCUUGUACGUCUUGUCGCCAUCGUAAGAUCAAAUGUGACGGGGAGAAACCGUGUGAGGCCUGUCGGUGGUAUAAGAAAUCAGAUCAGUGCCACUAUUCAGAUCCACGACCGUCUCGGAGACAUGUAGAGAAGCUGUCUACUACUUUGGAAGAAUAUCGAAGUAUACUGGGAAAGUUAUUCCCCAACUUCGCACCGGAGUCACUCGUCAAUCUGUCGCGGGAAAAGCUCCUUGAGCUCACAACUACUACGUCGGGAUCAUAUCCCCAAGGACUAUCACAUCAUGGUGGAUCGCCGGCUACCUCGGCUUCACUGGAUGCACACGUCUCACCUACUUCGGGUGAUGAUGACAAUCUCGAAGCCUUGCAGACCAUGCCUGAAGAACUACCGGAUAGCCGCAAUGCCAGCUCCACAGAUCUGGUAGAAGGUGUCUCGGACGAUGUCAAUGCGCUAUCGCUGUCUGCGCGUCAGCCUUCUUCAUAUCUGGGUGUAUCAUCGAUCCAGGCCGUCAUCAAGGUCAUUGUUUGGUUGGACCCGGGAUGUGCCUCCUACUUUUCUCGAACGCCGCCCAGUGAGCAGGAGCAUCCCAUCGCAUGGCCGCAUCAUGCACCUAUUACACCUCCACAACCCCUGAUUCCACCCUCGGAAAUGCAAAUGUUGGAUGCAUAUUUCCUUUAUUUCCAAGCAUUUGCUCCUAUGAUCGAUGAGCGAUCCUUCCGCGAGGCUUACAUUGCUGGCCGUCGGCGAGAUGACCAUUGGCUUGCUUUGCUGAACAUUGUUCUUGCCCUGGGUUGCAUUGCGGCCACAGGACCUGAUGACAUGACACAUCAGACAUAUUUCCUGAGGUGCAAGGGUCACUUGAGUCUAAGCUCCCUGGGUAGCUCACAUAUUGAGACGAUUCAGGCGCUUGGUCUCAUGGGUGGCUGGUACUGCCACUAUAUCAGCCAGCCGAAUCUGGCAUAUUCCAUCUUGGGUGCUGCGAUGCGUAUGGCAGCUGCCCUGGGACUACACAAAGAGUUCUCAGAGGCUCGUCAAAUACCGAGUCCGGCGAAAUUAGCCUCUAUGGAUCUUAAGCGCCGCGUGUGGUGGUCUUUGUUCUGCAUGGAUACGUGGGCCGGCAUGACCCUAGGGCGGCCCAGCAUGGGUCGAAUAGGUUCGACCAUUACCGUUAAGCCCCCUCUAUGUCGAGACAAGGACAAUGUCCUCGAGAUCCUCCCUUUGGUCGAAAAUAUUCGCUUCGCCAAAAUCGCAACUCAAGUCCAGGAAUUCCUCGCCGCGGCACCGCUGGUCAAACACCAAGAAAUGGCGCAGGCAGAUGCUCAGCUCCUAGAGUGGUGGGACAAUCUCCCUUCCGUCCUGAAGGACCACGAGCCCUGCUCAGAGUCAAUCAACACCGUCCGCACAGUUAUGCGCUGGCGCUACUACAACCAACGAAUGCUCCUCUACCGACCGACACUACUCAGCUACGCCAUGCGCCGCGUACCCUAUAUCGCACUGCGAUCAGAAGAGCGCACGGCAAUCGAAAAAUGUCGCGAAGUAGCCGAGCUCUCUAUUCAGAACAUUGCCGCGACGGCUCAGCUGAACCAGCUGUGCGGAUGGAAUGCCGUCUGGUGGACGUUCCAGGCGUCCAUGGUCCCUUUGGUCGGACUCUUCCUCAACGAUUCAACAGUCGAUGAUCCCCGUGCAUCUAUUGAGUCCUGCCAGGCGCAGGUCGAGACUGCCAUGAUGACCCUUGCCCGUAUGCAGUCCUUUGGCCAUACGGCGAAGCGGUCGCUGGAUGCCAUUUCGCGCAUCUACGAGGCAAGCAAGCGGGGACAGGAUGUUGCCGAGUCUGAUUCCUCGGCCAAUCUUCCUAGCGGCUCUUAUCCUGCUGGUCGGGAUAUGGUGCAGGUGUUUGCGGCACCGGAGCCCGGACGUGGUCCCAUGUCGAUGAGCGAAAAUGGGUUCCUAGAUCCGCUUGCGGCUCCUUUUACGGAAGAUUCCGGAGGUCAGUAUCUUUGGGAAUACUUGAGCUGGAGUGAUAAUAAUUUGUGGCCCGGGAUUGUUAACGAGAUCGAUGGACGAAAUGAUGCGAUGGCUAUGUUGACUCCUGAGGAGAAAGUCCGGAAAUUCGAACAACCGACGUACUUCGAUCCAAUGUCUGAUCCGGGGUACUUUGUAAAUGGUGGAGUUUAUUACUGA